GAGGGUGAGGGGCGGAGGGAUCGCCGGCCCGGAGCCGGCGCGUUCCGAGGGCACUGGAGGUUUCAGCUGUCGCCCCCCACCCGCUGGGCUCGCCCCCAGGCUCGGCGCCGCCAUGUGCUCCCUGGGGCUGUUCCCGCCGCCGCCUCCCCCAGGCGAUGUCACCCUCUACGAGCUCAACAACGCUCUGGUGUGCGGCCGCCUCAGCGAGCAGCUUCCGCUCGCCUUCCAGAGCCAGGUGCCCGACCUGCCCGUGCCGAGCCUGCCCAAGGAGCCCCUCAAGGCUCACGGCCGCCUGGAGCCCAGCGCCCGCCCGCCCUUCAUCCACCACCGCGAGUCGCUCUGGAAGCGCUGCCUCAGCGCCUGGCGCGACGCCGGGCUCUGUGGGCUGCUCAGGGAGCUUGCCGGUGCCGAGGAGGAGGGGCUGCGGUGGCUGCGGACGGGCUCGAGCCACGCGCUGGCCGUGUGCCGCUGGCUGUCCACGCUGCACGGAUCCCUGUUCCCUCACCUCUCCCUGACCAGUGAGGACAUGAUCUCAGCCUUCUCCCAGACCGUGGACUGGGCUGGCUGUAUCGUCCGGGCCUUCGCCUGGCACCCCCACACCAACAAAUUCGCUGUGGCUCUUCUGGACGAUUCCAUCCGUGUGUACAACUCCAACAGGUGGGGCUUUGUCCCGGGAUUUGGGCAGCCCGGGGUGGGCACUGCUUUGGUCCUGCUGCCUGUGGCCUCCUCGCCCACCUGGGCACACCUGGGCUCCUGUUCAGCCCUCCCUGCUCCUUCCGUGCUCUCCCCAAGCCUGAAGAGCUUUCCCUUUCCUUUUCCUGCCUGGUCUGUAGCUCUGGGGACAUCCUGGGGGUCACACAGCCCUGGGGGUGGUGACCAGGGUGGGGGGACACGGGCUGAGUGUCCUCUGUCCCCCAGGUGUCCCUGCUCCCCCAGGGAAUGCCAGUCCCUGCUCAGGAGAAGACUCUGCCGGCGGCUCCUGCAGCCCCGCCAGGUGUCCCCAAGCUGGGAUUUCCGGCCAGCCUGGGCCCUGUCCAGCCUGGGGACAGCUCGGCUCAGUCACACCAGUGCCACUGUGCCCUCGCUGAAGCAUCGCCUGCAGAGGAACGUGGCUGCCAUGGCCUGGAAGCCUCUCUGUGCCUCCAUCCUGGCUGUGGCCUGCCAGAGCUGUGUCCUCGUGUGGCACCUGGACCCCACCUCCCUCUCCACAAGGCCCUCGUCGGGCUGUGCCCAGGUGCUGUCCUACCCUGGGCACAGCCCUGUCACCAGCCUGGCCUGGGCGCCCAGCGGCGAGCGGCUGCUCUCGGCGUCACCAGUGGACACGGCCAUGCUGGUGUGGGAUGUGUCCACUGAGACCUGUGUCCAGCUGCAGUGGUUUGGGGGUGGCGGUGUCACCUACUUGGCCUGGUCCCCUGAUGGCAGCAAGGUGCUCGCAGCCACCCCCUCGGCCGUGUUCCGGGUGUGGGAGGCCCAGAUGUGGACCUGUGAGCGCUGGCCCACAAUCAGGGGACGCUGCCAGACAGGGUGCUGGAGCCCCGACGGCAGCCGGCUGCUCUUCACUGUGCUGGGCGAGUCCGUCAUCUACUCCUUGUCCUUCUCCGAGUACCGUGGGGAGAUGCAGGGGCAGGUGGGAGGCUCCAAAACGGCCUCGAUCGUGGCAGACCUGUCCGAGACCACCUUCGAGACCCUCUAUGGGGAGGAAAGGAUCGGAGGAGAGGUUCAUUCCAUGGUGUGGGACCCCACUGGGGAGAGGCUGGCGGUGAUCAUCAGAGGACAGCCCACAUGUCCGGGCAGCCAGGUGGCCGUGGCCGUGUUCCGCACCCGCAACAGCCCCGUCUUCGAGCUCCUGCCCUGUGGCUUCGUGCGGGGCGAGCGUGGUGCCCGGCCCCAGCUCAUCUCCUUCCACCCCUGCUUCCCUCAGGGCGCCCUCCUGACCGUGUGCUGGUCCUCAGGGAAGAUCUCCCACAUCCCAUUCUUCUUCGUCAGUGCCUUGGAGCCCCGCGCCAGCCCCCGCCGCAGCCCCGUGCCUGUGCUGGGCAGCGUCAGGGAGCAGCCACUCUUCUCCGAGCUCUGACCCUGCCCUGGCACCCCGGGGCCUCCUCUUCCCCCAGGAGCCCCCUACACCUGCUCAGGGUCUGGCAGUGCUGCUCCUGCCCCAAUUAAAAGUGGAUUUUCCCUC